CCAGCGAGUUUCCGUGUACAGUACACACUCGCCUACAAGACGGUUACAAGCUUAAUCAGUAGCUUUUUGAGCCCCGCAAGUGUUCAAGUCGCGAUUAUUAUUCAGUAAUUUGUAUCUAGAAAUAACUCGCCAAAAUGCGUAUCGGUGCGACAGUUCCAAAUUUCAAAGCUGAAACAACCAAAGGACCCAUUCAGUUCUAUGAUUGGCAAGGAAACUCAUGGGCAAUCAUAUUUUCUCAUCCAGCUGACUUCACUCCAGUAUGCACAACGGAACUGGGAAGAAUUGCUUCCCACAACGCUGAAUUUGUGAAAAGGAACGUAAAAUUGUUGGCUCAUUCCGUUGAUCAAGUUAAAAGUCACAUCGACUGGGUGAACGAUAUCAAAUCAUAUUGUCCUGAUAUUCGAGGAGAGUUCCCAUAUCCAAUCAUUGCUGAUGCGGAUCGUAGUCUGGCUGUGAGAUUUGGCAUGCUAGACGAACAACAGAUAAAUGAUCCUGAGGUUGCCAAAACUAUUCGUGCUCUGUAUAUCAUCAGUCCCGAUCACGUAGUUCGUCUUUCCAUGUUUUACCCAAUGUCAGUUGGACGAAAUGUUGAUGAAAUUAUUCGCUGUGUUGAUGCUCUACAAUUAACCACUCGCAUUCAACACAUAGCUACCCCUGCUAAUUGGACGCCUGGAACCAAAGUUGUCAUUGCUCCAUCGGUAUCAGAUGAGGAGGCCAAAAAGCUGUUCCCUGGUGGAAUCGACUUUGUCACUAUGCCAUCAGGCAAGAGCUAUGUUCGUACUACAACGAAUUAUUAAAUCAAUUUAAGAGACAUAAUUACUUACUAUUACAGUCCCCUUAGUUUAGUCAUAAUCAUUCAUGAAGUGGUUCGAAAUAAAUACUUUUGUUAACGCUUUUCAAUAAU